ACAUUAAAUAUAUAAUUCAUUAUCAAAUAAAUAAAAUUGAAUAUAAGUUAUAACACAUAGUUAACGAUUUAUUAUGCUUUAUAGAUUUUUAUAAAAGAAAAAAAAACAUUUCUUUAACUUUUUAGCCAUUUUUAAAAUUAUGAAAUACUAGUGAUAAAUCACUGGAAUGUUUUUAAUUUUAGGUCUACUUAUUCUAAAAUAUAUGGAUAUUUCUUUAUAUUUCCUAACUAGCUAAAAUAAAUUCAUGAUUUUUCUUUAUAUUGCCUAACUAGCUAAAAUAAAUUCAUGAUUUAAAAAAAAAAUUAAAUUCCUCUUUGUUCCUUAAAUAUUACAUCACUUAUUAGAUUUUUUUUCAUAUAAUUCUUUGUUCAUUCCUAUUUUUAAGGAAUUAUGAAAUAAAAGUAUUUUUAGAAAAUUUAGAAAAGAAUAAUAUAUAACAUAAUUCCUUUUAUUUUUAGUAUUUUUGUUCAUUUUUUUCCUACUCUGUUAUUUUAGUAGUCAUCAGUAAUAGGCUUACAUCCAUAACAUAAUCCCAUGGGUUAAAAUGUCUGCUCAAUUAAGGCCAAUUAAGAUUUUUGAAAAACUAUGCUGAUUAAAUUCAAAUAUAAUGAUGAUAAUGGGCCUGAUGAGUUGGGCUCGUAGUGGGCCGACUUUGACUAGCCUUUCAACUUUUACCAAAAAUUGCAAGAGAGAGAAUGAAAUUGUUGAGCAGUCAGUCAAAGAUCUUCCCACAUUUAAUUCCUGCGGUUGAAUACCGAAAAUAUUAAAGAAUUUACCAAAGAGAGCCACAGAAAAUGAAGAGAAGGAGGAGAACGUGGAACGCGUUACAGUUACAAAAUGCCAGAAAAUAAAGCGAAGAAAACUUUGUAACAGAUAAUACGUAACCGGAGAGAGCUUCUUCUUCUGUAUCUAUCUCUCCACGAGACUCGGUCUCAUAUUCAUAUAAUCAAAAAGCGUCUAUAAAAAUUAUUUGCAACUAUUCUGUGCGGAAAUAACUAAAGAGAUGGCUUGCUUGAAACUUGGUUCCAAAUCUGAAGUCUUUCAUCUAAGUGGUCACACAUGGGUUUGCUCAACUGGUCUUAAACCCGACGUGGUGAUCCAAGUACAAGACCAAACCUUCCAUCUCCACAAGUUCCCGCUGCUGUCAAGAAGCGGAUACUUAGAAGCUCUUUUCAGCAAAGCCUCAGAGACAGCAUCUCAUCACGCUCAGCUCCACGACAUUCCCGGUGGACCAGACACGUUCCUCCACGUGGCCAACUUCUGUUACGGCGUAAGAAUCGAAGUCACGGCCGAAAACGUCGUGAGCCUAAGAUGCGCAGCGGAGUAUCUCCAAAUGAGCGAAAACUACGGAAACGCAAACCUCAUCUACCUCACCGAGAGUUUCCUAAACGACGACGUUUGCACAAACUGGGAAGAUUCCAUCAGAGCCUUGGAGAGCUGCGAGAAAAAACUACUUCCCAUCGCUGAAGAGCUUGGCAUUGUCUCUAGGUGCGUUUCUUCUUUAGCUAUCAAAGCUUCUUACGCAGAGGACAAAAGUUUAUUCAACUGGCCAAUCUCAGCACCAGAAACAACCACUACUACAUUAUGGAAUGGUAUACAAACUAAGUCCACGAGUGGUGGGAACUGGUGGUUCAACGAUGUCUCAUCGUUCCUCGACUUCCCAGUCUACAGAAGGUUUAUUCAAACCGUUGCGUCAAGAGGCGUGAAGGCUGAUGUAAUAGCAGCGUCCGUCACGCAUUACGCGAAGCGGAACCUUCCUUUGCUCGGUUGUUCUAGGCACGGUGGUUCAUCAUCUUCAGAUGAAGGUACUAACUACGGUGAUGACGUUUACUACUCUCAUGACGAUCAACGAAGUCUACUCGAAGAAAUCGUGGAGCUGCUACCUAGCGAAAAACGCGUUGCUUCGACGAGGUUCUUGCUUAGGCUUCUUAGGACAUCGAUGGUUCUGCACGCUAGUGCGGUCACUCAAGAUAGUCUCGAGAGGAAGAUUGGUGUGCAGUUGGAUGAGGCUGGUUUAGAAGAUUUGUUGAUACCAAACAUGGGAUACUCAGCUGAAACACUCUAUGAUAUUGACUCUGUCCAGAGGAUUCUUGAUCACUUCAUGUUGACGUUUGAUUCUUCUUCGAGAUGUUACAGUAACGUAGAGGAGAAGCAACUGAUGGGAGACUCUCAUCCUCUUAGGGCUAUGACGAAGGUUGCUAGUCUGAUAGAUGGAUACUUAGCUGAGGUGGGAUCUGAUGAGAACUUGAAACUAUUGAAGUUUCAAGCACUUGGUGCUUUGAUCCCUGAAGAUGUUAGGCCAAUGGAUGAUGGUAUCUACCGUGCUAUUGAUAUAUACAUCAAGGCACAUCCAUGGCUGACAGAAUAUGAGAGAGAGAAACUGUGUCUUCUAAUGAACUGCCAGAAACUGUCGUUGGAGGCAUGCACACACGCAGCACAGAACGAGCGUCUACCUGUACGAGUCAUAGUACAAGUCUUGUUCUUUGAACAGAUGCGGCUUCGGACAUCUAUAUCAGAACUGGUCAUGGACACGGACAGCAACAACGAAGAGACAAGCGGCAAGAAUCUGGAAUUAGAAGGAGGCAGCAAGAUUAAAGGAAAUGCCAAGAUGGGGAUUAAGGAGAUGAAGGAACGUGUUUACGAGCUUGAAAAAGAAUGUACGAGCAUGAAGCAAGAUCUUUAUAAGCUUGUGAAGCCUAAAGAAGAACGCAACUUCUUCUCGAAGAUAUUUGGAUUGAAGAGUAAGACUAAGACUUCACCAUGCGGUGGAAAAGGUAAAGGAGGAGAGGAAGACGCUCUAUUGAUGAUUCGUGAAACCAAAAACUGAUAGUGAAGAGUAACAAGUAAUAACGAGUCUUUAAACACUUACUUUGGUUCUAUUUUAUAUGAUUUGUGUUGGACAUUUGGUGACUCUAAACCACAUAAUUUUGAUUUUAAAAAUAUUUUAUAUUUCUUCAAUGCAAAUGUUACACAAAACGUAGUCGUAAGGACAUCUGCAUCAGUGAACCCCAUUGGGAAUUCACACAGUUUCCGAAAAAAAAAUAUUAAAAUAAACAAAAAAGGUGAACAUGUUUCCUGCGAGGUCACUGCACUGAACCCAGAUCAUCACUGUAGCGUAGGUUCCACGGCACGUGGCGGCCCGCGAAUGAUCCGAUUAAUUUAAAAAAAAAUAAAAUCAAACAAAAAAAAAUAAUAGAAAAAUACUUUGUGAACCCCUUCCAUGGAGUUCACUGAUACAGAUGCCUUUAGGUGGUAGCCAAGGUUUACCCCAAAAUACAAUUUUUCAUCAAUUAUAUAUAUUAGUGAAAUUCUCUUCACAUAAUGCCAAAUAGAACAGUCAAAUGUAAAAUUUUUAUAAAGUAGUUUAGUGUGGUACAUGUACGAGUUAAUAUAGUAUAAAUAAUUAGAAGUAACUGACAUGAAGAGCAUGAUUAACCGGAAUUCUUAAUUUGGAGUUCUUAAGUUAUGAUUUAGCUUUUUUUUUGUUUUUUUUUUUUACAUUUUUCGGAUAAAAACCAAUUUUUAUAUUUCUUAUUUAAGAGACGGUUCUUAACUUUUGUUAAUGAAAAGUUAAGAAACGGUUUUUAACCAAAACUAAGAACACCACUUUAAGAGCCCGGGUUAAUCAUGGUCUAAAAAAUAUUAAUAUUUGAAACUUUGACAUAGGUCUCUUAAGCUUUUGAAAAAAUAACUAUUUAAUUUUUUUGGUGAAAGUUUCUAAUCGAUAGAUUUUGGAUGUGAACGACUUUAUAAAACAGUUAAAAUUAUCGUUUAUAAAAUCAUCUCAAAACAAUUUUAAUAAUUUGUAAUUCAUAAAUCAGUGGAAAAAAAAAAUCCUACUGCAAGGAUAACAAUCCGGUAAUUCUGCAAAAUUUUAUCAAACAAAAUUGAUGUAGUUUCCCUAUCGUUUAGAUAACAGCAC